CUUUUUCACGUGAGAUUUUUUUUUUCUUCUGCUGGAGAAGAUGAACAGACAUGCAGCAGUGAGCUCUCUAUAAACAAGUAAUAAUUUAAAUGGGGGAUUCACAACAAGGAAAUAACAAAGGAAAUGACAAAGUUUCUGAGAACUAUGAAUCUUGGACCAUGGACGAUACCAAUAAGUUGUUGCACCUCUUGGUGGAUGCUAUCGAUAGUGGAUUGCGUGAUGCUAGUGGGUCACUUAGCAAGCAAAAUGUAGAAAGAGUGAUACUUCCUCGUCUUAAUGCGAAAAUUAGGUUUCCAAAAACUUAUAAUCAUUACUUGAGCCAAAUGAAGUGGUUUAAAAAGCAAUAUAACAAGAUGUCUACGCUUAUGUGUAACAACUCUGGCUUUGGGUGGGACCCAAUUGCAAAGACGUUCACUGCUAGUGAUGAAGUUUGGAAAGAUUACUUGAAGUCCCACCCAAGUCACAGAAAACUUCGGGAAAAAAAGUGUAGUUGAUGGUGAGGAUUUGAAGAUUUUCAUUGGGGGUGGAAUUGUUACUGGGAAUGGCUCCAUUGCAUUGGGCGCUGAUGAUACCGAUGCAACAACUUAUGGGGUUGAAAAAAAUAGAGAUUUCGGGAUGGAAGACUUUUCAUAUGAUCCUACUAAUGAUGCCUUCAUAGCACCAAACUAUGAACCAUCCUACCAGCCUCCAUCACUCGCAAAUGUAGUCCACCAUCUCAUUCCCCUUUAGAUUCAGAGGUUCCCACCCAAAAACCCAAUUGUAAUAAGCGAAGUAGAUUCGAGUAUGUAGGGAGUACUAGCUCAGUUGGGAUCAACCAAUCAAGCCAAAGUUCUAGACAAUCUUUCUAUUGGCAUUCAGACUAUUUCUGCCAACUUUGAAACAAUAUCUAACCUAAUGAUGA